AGAGAUGUUUUUGAAACACGGUAUUUUUCAAACGGCAAAUCUACCCAAACAAACCGAGCAGUAGCUUAGAUAGAAAUCGCAAAAUUGAACCAGUCAAUAUUACAGUUGUAUUUCUACAGCUUUAAGUGAGCUUAUUUACAAUAUGGAUUUGGAUUCCCUAAAAUAUGCGGAAUUGCAGCACCUCGCGAAGGAAGUUGGUCUUAAAGCGAAUAUGAAGGCUGAUAAGCUGUUGAAGGCUUUAAAGCAUCACUUUUCACAACAGCAGCAGACAUCUGAGAAUGGAAAUGAUGCAGCCUCUGUGGACGCGCACGACUCGGCUGUGGACGCGCAGGAUGCUCACGCUGCAAAAUUUGUGACAGAUCGCCGAGGAAAAGGCCGCACUGCCAAGAGAAAGCUCAGUGAUUCCGCACCAGUCACUACUCGGAUUGAGGCAAAGCCAGCACGGUCGGAUGAAAGCCGAAGGGGCUCCAAAAGGAGGAAGGUGUCCUCAACCAAGAACACACAGACCCCAGUUCCACCUGAAAUUUCUACUGAAGAGAAUACUUUGGACAAAUGUGUAGAAUCUGGGGAAACCAAUCCAGACUCUAAAGAUGCUCAUGUAGAGCCAAGUGAGAAAGUUACUGGGAGAAGGACAGGCGGUAAAAUUCCCCGCCAUGAGGGUUUGAUGAAGAGGAAACCUGCUCUGCGACCGACAACUCCAAACUUCAAAAAACUCCAUGAGGCUCACUUCAAAAAGAUGGAGUCCAUAGAUUCUUAUGUCCAAAGGAAGAACAAGCAAAUGGAGGUGAUCAGGAAUUCUGUUAAGGAACUGAAGACACUGUCAGAUAAGACACUGAUGAAAUCAGUUGAGAGAAAGACUCAAGCUAAAACUGCCACAAGCCGAGCAUCACUUUUCAGUCCUGGGGUGCAGGAGAAGAGACCAGUCCCUGAAAGACGCAGGCUCACUCAGCAGUCUGCCACCAAGCCUGCUUUGAAGGACAGCUCCACCUUCAGGCCAAGCGUCCUCACCACUAAUAAAAUCAAUGUCCGAUUCUCGCAUGCCACUGAGGAUAAUGAAUACAAGCGUUCACUAGUGAAGACUCCAGCUCGUAUGUCUCCUCACCUCCCCCUCACUUCCACUCCUGGGAGAAAAUCUGACAUUCACAACAAACCGGAGCUUAAUAAAUCUAUCAGCACAAUCAAUAAAACACCUGGAGUUACUCCAUUUGUUUUCAGUGGGAAUAACAGCAUGUCAGUCACACCUGGUACCUCCAAGAACACAUUUGAUUUGAAAGCCAGUCUCUCUCGCCCCUUGAACUACAAACCACAUAAAGGAAAACUGAAGCCUUUUGGAGUGGCACAGGAGAACACAGCACUUAAUAAAUCUCAGACAAUUCCUUCUCACCAGAAAAACUUCAAACAGCAUCAAGUUCAAACAAGAGAGGAACGGCGUGCCAAACAUACAGAGAACCGAAAACAGAAGAAGGAGAAUAUGUUGGGUGCCAGACGAGGCCUGGCCAUGGCUUAACUCUAUUGUUUCAUUUCCGUCUCAUUAUUGUCUUAGACAUUCUAUUUAAGUGUUUAGCUUUCCUCUUAGUUGUCUGUUAAAUUUCAAACUUUUGUACAUUUAAUUUUCAACUCUUCUGUAAACACCUGCUUUUUUUUUUUUUUUUGCUAGGGUAAUAUGCUUAAUUUUAAGUGAGACAAAACACUUAGUCAUCCAACAAAAGUGUCUGUUUUUUUAAUCCAUUUAUAAUUAUUUUUAUUAUUAUUUUUUUUUUUUUUUAAGCAUAGUUCAUGAUUUAUGUGUAAAGAAGAGCAAGUAUUUCCACUGAUGACUAGUAUUUGGUACAUUUGACUAGAUUUGUACUUGGCUUCAAUCUAAUGCAAAGUCAAAACAGUAAAGCCACACUUUGGAAAAGUUACACAAAAUGUUUAUUACAGCAAUAUUCAUAAAUUAUCAUUUUGUACUACUUUGUCUGUUAUGUGGUUAUUUUGUGUGAGUGAGUGAAUGGGUCUCUGUCCAUGUUUAAAUGUUUGUAUAAAAUAAAGCAGUAGAUUUUCCUUUCC